CCGCGCGCGGCCGAGGGCCAAAAUGGCCGCCGUUCCUCAGGCGCCAUCUUGUCCCCUGCCUGAGGAGGACGGCCGGCUGCUGCCCGCCCUCUGUCGGGGCACCGUGGCCCUGUGCCUGCUCCACGCCCUGCGGCUGCAGCGGGGCUGGCACCUCAGCGAGGCGAACCGCCGCCAACGGGCAGCCCGCCACCGCCGGGCCCAGGCCCGCUCCCGCCAACGUUUCGCCCUGCUGUGGCUCUGCCGCCUGCUGGCCCGGGAGCACCGCCCGCCCGGCCUGGGACCCAUUGGAGGCUGGCGUGGUGGGGCCACCCUGCCCCGGCUGCUGCGGGAACGGCGCCUGUGGAGCAAAUGCCGCAGCUCGGCCUUCUGGGAGAUCGUGCGGGUCAAGGCCUUCAGCGCCUGGGAGUGGGCCGAGAACUUCCGCGUCUCGCCGGGCACCUUCGACUACCUCUGCGCCCACCUCCGCAAUGCCAUCCAACGCCGGGACACCAACAUGCGCCGGGCCAUUCCGGCCGACGUCCGGCUGGCCAUGACCCUCUGGCGCCUGGGCGCCUGCACCGAGUACCGGGCGGUGGAGCAGCUCUUCGGCGUCUCCCGCUCCACCGUCUGCAAGAUCCUGCGCGAUGUCUGCGAGGCCGUGGUGGGCAUCCUCACCCCGCUCUACGUCCGCCCGCCUGACCCGGCCCAAGUGGCCGCCAGCAACGGAUUCCCCCUGCCCCAGUUGGCCGGGGUGCUGGGCUCCCUACAUGUGCCCAUCCGGGCCCCCAACGAGAACGCUGCAGGCUACUACAACCGCCGCGGGUGGCACUCGGUGGUGGUGCAGGCCGCCGUGGACUCCCGCGGCUGCUUCUGGGAUAUCAACGUCGGGUGCCCAGGACGAGUGACGGACACCCAAGUGCUAGGCGCCUCCGACCUCUACCAGCAAGCUCAGCGGGGCGAACUCUUCCCCGGAGGGUCCCGAGAUGUCAGCGGGGUGCAAGUGCCCAUCUAUCUGCUGGGUGGCUGCUCGUACCCGUUCCUGCCUUGGCUGAUGCGACCCUACAGGGCAGCGGCUCUGAGCGCCAGCCAGCAACGCUUCAACGAGUACGCCGACGCCGCCCGGACGGUGCUGGCGGUGGCCUUCGGGCGCCUGCGUGGACGCUGGCGUUGCUUGACCAAGCGGAACGACACCGACGUCUCCUUCUUGCCCACCCUCAUCGCCGCCUGCUGCACCCUGCACAACAUCUGCGAGGCCCGCGGAGACGCCUUCCAGGCCUGCUGGAUGGAGGAAGAGGAGGAUGAGCCACGGGAGGAGCAGCCUGGGGAGGAAGGGGAGGAAGAGGAUGCUGAAGCGGUAGAGAUCCGAGAUGCCCUGGCUUCGGGGCUGAGGGGGCUCUGAG